UUGUUUGUCGCAGUUCUGACGAUAUGACUAUUGUAGAAACAAAAUCGACACGAUAGUGAAGUCAUGAGAAUGAGAUUCUUUCAGAUGUAAUACAGUAAUAAAUGUAAUUUAGAAAUCCAACUCUCUUUAUACAGUCACAUUUUGACAUGUAUCUUCAAAAUUAACAGAAGUACGAGACGAGUACAAAACGAAUACGAAAUCAGCACAAGACUUAGAGAUUUAAUUUUUGUUAAUGGCACACUUUAUUAUAAUAUUUCAUAACAUAUUGUUAUAUUUAAUUAACUUGUGACAAGACACUCAGCCUUAUUGGUGAAAUUCAGGAAAUAGGAUUUGUACAAGAACUAUUGUCUAUUUGAUAUAAACUAUCAUGUAUUUGAUAAAUACUGUAAUAUAAAUCAUUAUGCAUUUAUCUUAUCAUGUAUUGUAAACAUGUAAUACACGUUUUAAUUCUUAAAUUGUCCCAUCUAGGAAAUAUCUUAGUAGUUCAGAUUGGAUUAAGUUUAGUAUUGUAUAGUUUAAAUAUGUCAAAUUGCCAUUAACAUCAGUACAGGACACGGUCAUAUAAACUGUUUAGACAGGAUAUUUAUAACGUUAAAUGUUUAUUUCGUAAUAUUUCUAAAUUUUUAGCAAACUACUUAUGUAUACUAGAUCAACAUUUUUAAUUAAGUUAGGUUUAAGUGGCUGCAUAAAUCCAUAGUAACGAGUGUCAUCCAUCUUAAGUGGGAUUAGUAUCCUACAUUAAAUUGUGUUGAGUAUUGAAAAGUUCAAGCCAACCGAAUUUCCAUGUUAAACAAAUUCAGUACGAGAUUUUCUAAUGUAGCAGAUAUGAUCUAUAAUUUGAAGAAAUGUUAUAAUUGUGCUUCAAGUGCACAGCAGAUCAUCGUUGCAGCAGAUCGGAUAUCUACAGCGCGAGUGUCGCAGGCUACGUGUAUGUACCACGCAGAUAUAUUGAUUUUCUCUUAAACUCCAAGCAGAAUUGAAUUCUCUGAUAUUAUAUCAUAUUACCUUCUUUAUCGUUAAUUCCUCUUUGUCGUUAUUUAGGAUCUCUUUUAUGAGGUUAGUAGAGUUAAUAGAGACAAACAGCUCUUCAGUUAGACUGAAUGAUUCUAUAUGUAAAAUAACCGAGUGAAAGUUAAAAUAACAAAUUGUCUGCUUUUUCAUAUUUUUGCUUUGAUUACAACGCUAGAAUAUUGUCAUACUGUGACUUGUGAAAGUAGGAAGCUGAUUGUGGCUGACACAAUAUCAAAAUAGUAGCCAAUUCACUGAAAGGGCAUGAGCCUGCAACUACAGGUUGGGACGCAGCCUAAAGUCUGCUUGGAGCAAGUGGACUGCUAGUUUCAAUCACGUGUAGAAGUGGGUUCGUUCAUAGCGACACGCUCAAGAAAAUUCUCCCUAAAAUCUCAAUUAUUGAAAAUUUGAGAUUUCAGUUCAACUCGAAACAAGUCUUCAAGUGAUUCUUGUUUGAAUACGCAUCAGUUCUGCCAGGAAAAAUCUAUUUUUUGUACAUAUUUUACUGUAAAACACAUUCGUGAAUGUAUGCCAAAUUGUGUGGAGCUCAGUUGAAACAUUGACUUCGAUGCAGCAGCUAAUGUAAGUACAGAAGCUAGAUAUAAUUUUUAUGUUAGAGAACCUGAAGCCUAGAUAAGUAAUCUAGCUUUAUAUACUUGUGCUAAGUUAAAAUUGCUGACAUUUUAAAAACCUUUACUGUAAAAAUAUAUUUGUAACAUAACGCUGAUCUAUUGAUGCGACAGUCAGUUGUCUUAUUAGUUCAGUGAAAAAGAUAUGUUGAAUAACUGUGUUUAUUUAUAUCUGUAGUAUGAUUGAAACGUCUUAUGAAAUACUGUUUUUGAGAAAUGACUGUAAUUCUGAUAUUUCUAAAUAAUUUGGGCCUCACUCAAUGAAUUCGCCGAGUUGUUGUCUUACGAUGUGACGCAAACAGGGACGGCCUAAUGUUUUAAGGAUCCCCUUUCCAAGAUGUACAUAUAAUUUGCAACCACUAUUUUGUGUGCCUUGGGUAAAAGAUUUAACAAAUAGAACAACAAAAUUAAAUGAAAUAAAAAUAAUUACAAUCUGUAAUGCCUGGCACGGAACCAUUUGAUCGUAUUCGUCAUGUUUGCCAAGAAAAUUGAAACAAACAUAUAAAAGAAUUGGAAAAAUUACACAAUAGAAUUAUUGUGUCUACAUAAUGUCUACAUAAACUAUGUAAAUAAAUAAAUUCCGUGUUAAAUGCAGUAUUAUAUUUUAUUACAUACAAAUAAAGAAAAAGUUGGUAUUAUGUAUUAUAACUGAUGGAUGUUUUUGUCUUAAACUAACCUCAAAUUAAUAUAAUAUGUCUUACAUAUUCAUAUACAAUCGAGUUUUACGAAACUUUCAUUCAAAUGUGUAUAACCAAAUAUUAAAUACUGUAUUAUAAUAUAUACGUUUUAACCUUCUUCUUAAAUUAAAAUGUUCGAAAACGUAUCUCCUGAUCAGAAAGAUGAAUAUUACGGAGAUGAUGAAUUUAUUGAAGAAUUUGAACAUAAACCAUUACUAACAUGUAUACCUAAGAUAGAACCUCUAUGUUCUAGUACAACUGAUUUAAUUGAAGAUACAUCAAAUGUGGAAGGAGAGGUAACACCAAUUCCUUUGACUAUUCCAUAUAAAGUAAAAGAUCCCAUUAUUUUACUUGAAAGAUGUGAUAAAAUAUGGGAAACAUUAAAAGUUAUAAAAAAUGUGCAAGGUACAACUAAGAUUGAUACAUCUAAUGCACUGCCAUCGGAAAUAACGACUUCAAAACCAUUAUAUAUCGAAUACCAACCAGUAUUAGGUAACAACAACACGGAAUUGCCAAAUUUUAAAUUUUAUGUGAAAUCCAAAAAAAAGUUAUUUCAUUGUUCUAUAUGUGGAAGGCAAUAUACUGAAAAUCGGAGAUUGAGAUGUCAUUCAGAAAAAAUACAUGGUAUUUACAUAGCACCAAGACGAUAUCUCAAAAAUCCUGAUAAAGUGAAAGAAAAAGAUCCCAAUAUUGCUGAGAAAGAGGAAGAUAAUUUUGAAAAGGUUUCAUCAAAGAAAAGUGAAAAUAAAUUACAUACUGAGGCUUCAUUGUUACAAUAUGUGUCGUCAUCAAAUAAUAAUAAUACAGUUGUCCCAAAUCUUCACUCAAGAAGAAGUAAAUCUAAUAGUCUUGCAUGUAAUAAUAAUGAUAUUUAUAUCAAUGGAACUACACAAAAUGAACAAGAAAAGAAAUUAACUAAAGAAGUAAGACAAAAUGAAAAAGUAAUCUCUACAAGGAAUUCUACAGUUUUAUCAACAUGCACAUUAUGUCAACAAGUUGUAAGGAAUAUAAGAAAACACUUAACUGAUUAUCAUAAAAUUGAAUCCCCCGAUUUUAUGUUAAAGAAUUUAAAUGAAACAUGUACUGUCAUAAAAAGCAAUAAAUUAAAAAGAAAAUUUUCUAAUGACGAAAACGAAACUGUGGGUAAAGUUAUUAGAAAAGAACAUGAUAUUCAAAAUAAAAGACGAAAAUUAUGCAGGAAACGCAGGCAAGGCCCUCGUCAAUGUGACAUAUGCCUUGGUAUUUAUACAACGAGGAGUUUUUAUGAACAUAUACGUAUUCAUCGUAAUCGUGGAGAAACGAAAGAGAAUUUCCAUUUAUCCAGAUACAGAUAUUUCAAUUCUCCCAUAUACUUACAAUCGAAAUUCAGUUCUAUGCACACGUCUCUUGAAUAUACAGAUAAUGAUAAUUCUGAAUUCCAUAAAAAUAAAGAGAAAAUUAUGCAAAAUGAGAAUAAGAGUAACAAUAUAUCAGAUAUAAAAUAUUAUGACAAACAUAAACAUAUUUGUUUAUGUGGGAGAAUAUUUCGUAAUCCCUAUACAUUGUUUAUGCAUAAAAAAACAUGUACUUUUAGAAAUGAUGUGAAGCAACCAAUAAUAGAAAGUAAUGUAAAUAGAAAAAGUCGAUAUGAUACAAGAAGUGGUUCUGGUAGAGAUUCUGGGCUUGGGAUUAACAUAACAAUAAAGAAAAAGGAUGAUUCUUAUGAAAUUAUUGGCAAAGAUAAUACAAGUAAAGAUAAUGUUACAAGAUUACAAUUACAAGAUUUCAAUCAUCCAGAAGACUUUAAUGUGUCUAAUGAAGUUCUAAAAUUAUCUAAAUAUAGCGAGAAACAUAGUAUUUUGAAGAUCCAAUCUGCUGAUGAAAAUAUUGAUAUUGACAUUGAAGAAGAUUCACAAACCAAUUCCUAUAAUGAUAUUAUUUCUGGUUCCUCAAGUGAAGUAGUAAGUAAUUUGUGCAAAGAAGAAAAGCAACAAGAAACGAAAACAGAACCAAAUAAUAUAUCUUACAAAAAGGAUGUUAAGUCAAAACUUGGCAAACAAUCUAAUAGUGUUACAGUAAAUUUUGCUAAAAGAUAUAAUAUUUGUGUAUGUGGUUCUAAAUUUUAUACUAAGAAAGCUCUCGAGAUUCAUACUAAUAAACAUCAUUCAAGAUCACAACUGUUAUGUGGAUACUGUAAAAUUAGUCUUCCUAAUGCUAUUGCAUGGAAUAAGCAUUGGUGUUCUGUUAAUGAAGGAAAACGGUUUAUAUUUGUACCAAUGGAGCUUAAGUGUCAUCAUUGCAGUGACAUUCUAAACACAUAUAAAAAGUUUGAUGAACAUAUUAAGCAUAAACAUUAUGAUCCUGUGGUACCAUUUCAAUGUUUUUAUUGUUCUAAACGAUUUUCUAAUACCACAUCUCGUAAAAUACAUUUUGAUACUGAUCAUGAAGUAACCACCUGUUCUAUAUGUAAUAACAAAUGUUAUGAUGUUAUGAAGUCCAGGCAUGAAGCAUAUCAUUAUGGACUUGGAUUUCCUUGUCAUUAUUGUAAAAGAACUUACGGCAGUAAAAAGUAUUUAUUAAGACAUAUGAGAAGAGUUCCUCAUCAUUCAUUAUUGUCAUCAAUGGAAAUUAUCAUGGACUAAUUCACAUGAAUCACCUUUCAUAAAUUUUCUAAAUUUUAUAAGGAAAAGUGAAAUACUCAAAGAGUCAUCAAGAUGUCAUAAUAAUUCCACUGAAAUAGAUCAUUGUACAUGUAGUUUGAUUUGUGAAUGAAAUUAACUAUGAUAUAAUUUAUAAUUCAUUUCACUAUUUUUCCUUUUUUUUCUAAUUAUGACAGUAAUAAAUAAUACCCUUAGUUAUAAAAUAUCAUUUUAUUAUAUAUGUUACAUAUUUUCAAUGUAAUGAAAUAUGCAUAUUACAUAGAAAAGGUAUGCUACAUUGUCCAAUGUAUAAAAUAAUGUGAUUAUAUAUUAAAUAAGUAAAUAUGUACAUAAUAGUGUAGGUUUAAGCGAUGUAAAGGAGAAUAAAAAUUACAGAAUUUGAAAUAUUAUAAUAAUAUCUAAUUUUUAUUCUUUAGAUACAUAAUAGAAAAUUUAACUCAAUUGUAACCAUAAGUAAAGUUUUAACAUCAAAUGAUUAAGGAAAUAUUGUAAGAAGUCAUAGUGAUUGAACAUUAAAAAAACUACUGUUUUUAUUAUAUAUAUAUAUAUAUAUAAUUUAAAUAUGUAUAUUUUAACACAUUUCUGACAGAGGGAUUUAUCUAAAUACAUUUGUAUACACCCCCGAAUAAUUCGGGUAACACAAGACGUAUUGAUGCAAUGUGUUAAUAAUAGUAUAUAUGUAUUUAGAGAGAUAGUUUAUAUUUUAUUUAAUUAUCUUUAGUUAUCAAUUACAUGUAUACAAGAAUGAAAACAAAAUACGGAACUAUACCUACAAAAUAUUAACGAGGCAAAUGCUUUGUAGUUAACAAAUAUGUUACACAGUUGUUAUUAAAACCGUCGUUUCUUUUUAGGUAAUAAUAAUUUAUCAAUAUUGAUCGUUAUGUAAGUUUUUAAUUCGAUUCGUUUUAUAUCAUGGAACAUAAGAAUUAAUUAAAUAUUGAUAUUUUUUUACUGUUUAUAUUAAAGAUGUGAUUUUUUUGGAUUAAGAAAAAUUUUUAAAGUAUUUAUGUAUUUUUAUUUAGACACGUCGUGAACUGUUUCACAUUAAAAUAUACAGUUGAAAACAUAAAUGUUGGCACACUAUUUAAAACAGAAUGACUUUUUCAAAAGUCACGAUCAAAAGUCUUGAACUUUUGUGGGGAGCUAGAAGGAUUAAUUUACUAGGCGAGAUUUAAAAACAUUUGUGAAAAAAUUGCAGUUGGUCGGAGUAGCGAAGAAAAUACUUAAAGUCAUUUUUACAACUUUUUUAUCUGAAUCUGUAACGAAAAUUUAAAAAAAUACGUGUUGUAGAUUUAUAUCCUUCACACACAUGCCGAAAAUUUCAUCGAAAUCGGUUGAUGGAGAAACAAGCAACAGGCAUCGAAAGAUGAACAACAAUGUAGAGUUAUCACAGUUAUAGGCCGUAGAGUAAUAAAUAAAAUUGCAGAAAUCUGCCAUUUUUAUCAUUUUUAAUCGUUUGUAGCUCAUAGCAACGUUAACCGCUUUUGAUGAAAUUUUCAGCAUGUGUAUAACUGAUAUGGAUCUACAAAACGGAUUUUUUAAAUUUUCGUUACAGGGUGAGAGAAAAAAAUGGCAAAAAUGAUCUUUAGGUACUAUUUUCUUCGCGAUUCUGACCAACUGUAAUGUACAAAAAAAUUUUGUUGUUCUUCAUCUAGGAAAUCAGUCCUUCUAACUCCUCAAAAAAAUUCAAGUCGUUUGGAGCAAUUCUAAAAAAUGAUUGUAUUUUAAAAAUCGUACUAAUAUUUAUUAUAUUAUGGACUAUAUUAAUUAUUUUAUGGAUUAUGUAUUAUACCUUUACAAGUAUAAGUUAAUGUAAAUAAUAAUUUGUCUUUUAUAAUUUUAUAAUACAAAUUCAAUGCGAAUUCUCAUUCCAGUAUUUAAGUGUUAAUAAUAAUAACCAGCAUGUGAAUCAUGUGCAAAUGUAAAUGUAAUGGCAUAUUAAUGUUGAUUGUGAAGAUAAAGGAGAAAAAUAAAAAAACUUUGAUUUGAAUUGUAUAAAACUAUAAGUUUCACCUUCAAAUUAUUGAUUUAUGAUAUGACUAUUAAGUAACAUUUAUUAAUUUAUUAAAAUUGAUUAAAGGUGACGUACAAUCUAAUCAAAUGUUUAAAGUUUAAAGAUAAUUGUAAUAUUGAAGCUUAAUAAUGAAACUGUAAAUUUAUUAGAAACAUAAAAUUUAUGAUCGACGUUAAAUGAUAAAAAAACAAUAUUUUAUUUGUAUUAAUGUCUAAAAUAUUGUAUAAAAUACUAUGUCGUAACUAUUGCAUUCAGUAGACAAGUAUGUUUUGUAAUUUCAUGUAAUAUAAUUUAAAAUAUUUGUAUUCCAAUAUAG